AUGUGAAAUAAAACCACACCGGAAAUUCCGUUCCAUUUAAGCUUCCGCUUAACGUUAGCAAUGGACCAGUCUGGAGAAACACUGUGGAGGCCACCCCGGGUGUGUGAUGACUAUUGGAGUGAAUUCAGACACUGCAAAAGCUUUGGGAAUAUUUUCCACCACUACUACACUCAUGGUACCGCCCCAUCCUGCCAGCAGUGGAAAGAGGACUACAAAAACUGCAGAGAGUGGGAGAAACACCAAGGCAUCGAAGCAAAGGAAGCAUUGCAGAGCAGUGAAAUGAACCGAGUGGCAGAGCAAAGAAAGUUCACCCCAGUGUGGACAAUGAGGAGCAACCCUCCCGAAGACUGGAACAUGCCACUUAACCAGGAGACGCCCCGGGACUCCUGACCUGUCCCCUUUUUUAACCUGCUGUCUCUGCUCCAUGUAGGCAUUAGCUAAGAGAAAUGAACAUCCAUAUUUCAUUUCAUGGCUCCUUUUGAGCCAAAUGCUGGAGAGACUGGUCAUCACUCACUGCCAUCUCAGGUUGUGUUCAGAGAGCUGCUGCAUGAAAAUACUACAGUAUAUUCAGAUGGUGGUGGCAGCAUCUAGUGGUCAAUAAUGAGGAUGACAGCAAACAUUCAACCAGUGAAAUACAGUGUAAUAUCUACAAAGGCAGUUCUGUUUUUGACAUAAAUAAAAUAAUGUCUUUAAAGCUUAUGUAAACAGAUGCCAUGGGGCUGACUGCAGCCAAACCCUCACUGUUCACUAGUUUAAUAUUAAUCACUUCUUCAAUAUUAAUCAAUUAUUUGUAAGGAAAGAACAACAUUGGGUGAGAAUGUACAGUGGGUACAUCUAAUCCAUCUAAGUAAUGAAGAACUAGCUGUGAAUCAUUUUGAUGUGGUUAAAUAAAAAAUUUGUGCUGCACUAGAAUCUACCAACACUUUGUGCACAGGUUUUGUUUGCGUCAACCAGAAUACCACUGCCUGAGUUAUCGUCGAUGGUUAAAAAAAUAACUGUUUCAAGUACUGUAGAUACAUGUCUAUGAUGAAUUAUAUAAUAUUUGCAUUAAUUUGGGAGAACUAAGCUGUUCUGUAAGGUUCAACCCAUAAAGAAAAUGUUCAAAAUAAUUCUGAACAAAUUGGAUCAAUAAAAAAAACUGUUUUAUUUUCAUUUA